CUCGGCUCUCCUCUCGGCGGUGCAGACAUCAAGCAGCAGCAUCCGUCCAACUCCUUCCUGCCGCUCGGGCCACUCCCUCCAGACCAAUUGCGAUUCCAUCAUGAUCUUGCUCCGUGGUGCCGCCACCCUCGCAACCGUGCUCAUGUUCUUGACGAACCUGGUUGUUGUCAAGCAAAUCAAGGAAGACGGCCACAUCUCGGUCGCGAGCAUUCUCCCGUUCCUGUCAACUUUUGCCAACUGCUGCUUCUGGCUCAAGUACGGUGUUAUGCUGGGCGAGUCGUCCAUCUGCUGGACCAAUGCUGUUGGCGUGAUCAUCACCGUGUAUGCUCUCUAUCAAUGCCACAAUCACUGCGAAUCCGAGCGCACCCGGGCCAAGAUCGAGAAGAGAAUCCUGGUGACGGUCGGGGUCGUGCUGUCCGUCCUCACGGCCAUCAAGCUGUCUUAUGGACCCGAAAUCUUAUCCUGGGUUGGCUUUCUGUGCUGUGCCCUGACCAUGGUGAUGUUUGGCACUCCUCUGGCCUCGCUGCGCACGGUGAUCCAAGCCAAGAGUGCCCACGGCCAUCUCUCGCUGCCCAUGAUUCUGAUUUCAUUUGUGAGCGCCAGCCUGUGGUCGCUCAUCGGCUUCCGACUGAGAGACAACUGGAUCAUCCAGCCCAAUAUCGUCGGGGCUGCCCUGUCACUUGUACAGCUACUUGUGUAUUCUGCAUACCGAAAGUAG